CAUCGUAACGUGUAUCACAUGUUCGCACGCACGGGAACUCUUGUCUUGUUCGCAUUGUUGCAUCAAAGCAUUUGCAGCGAGACUUUGAUCACAGCCCAAGUCAAAUUGCAUCAGAAAUAGCAGGAACGUAGAAGCGGCAGUGAAUGACAGCUGUAGAGCGUCAUGCUGAGUUUCCUUGUUAAACAGCGAGGUUUUCGCGUUGUAAUUAGUAAUCAGCAGAUCGCAUGAUGGCCUCCGCCGGUAAAGAAGUUCUUGAAGCCUUCAUCAAAAUGUCUGGUUCCAUUGGUAAACUGUACAAACGUCCUUUCACUGUGUGCGUAGAGGGCAACAUUGGAAGUGGUAAAACAACAUUUUUAAGUCAUUUCAAGAAAUUCGACAAUGUUACUGUAUUAGAAGAACCUGUUGAACUUUGGCGUGAUGUGUGUGGGACGAAUCUACUGGAAUUAAUGUACAGCGAACCAUCUCGCUAUGCUUUCUUGUUUCAAUCUUACGUACAAUUGACUAUGCUCCAAUUGCACACUUGUAAAACACCCUCGCCUUAUAAAAUCAUGGAGAGGUCUGUCUAUAGUGCAAUGUGCUUCGUUGAAAAUUUAAAACGCAAUAAUAUACUACGUGACGUUGAAGUUACAAUAUUAGAAAAUUGGUAUGACUGGUGUUUGAAAAAUGCCAAUAUAGAAACUGACUUGAUAGUAUAUUUGAGGACAACACCUGAGAUCGUAUACGAAAGAAUGAAACAACGAGGUCGAAAAGAAGAGAACGCCAUCUCGUUAGAGUAUCUGAAGCAAAUCCAUCAGGUCCAUGAUGACUGGCUCUAUCAUCAAAUUUUAAAGCCAUUGCCAUCGCCGGUUAUAACUAUAAAUGGUGAUCGAGAGCUACAUGAAAUGGUGGAGGAAUUUGAUAAAUGUAAAAAUGAAAUCUUCAGCAAGGUAAUAGACGAAAGCGAUGUAAAUAAUACGAUGAUUACGGUAUCGACAAAUCGCGUGUUACCCAAAAUUAAAGCUGUUUCAGAUUAAAUCGUAAAGUAAAAGUAAUAAUUAAUUUAAAUAUGAUUGAAAUAAACAUGCAUUUAAAUUGAUUAAUUAUUACAACUUUGUACAUUGCACUAUUUUCAUUUCACUGGUCGCAUUUAUUACUUUUAUUGCAUA